AUGUCUCUUCAGGACGAGCAGUCUUUUAUGGAGAGUACUCGAUGUCACAUCUGUGGUAGACAUUUCACAGACGGAAGUACUGUGGUGCGAGACCACUGUCAUUUGAGUGGGAAAUUUCGCGGAGCCGCUCAUAACGAAUGUAAUUUGAAGUACAAAUAUCCCACUUACGUUCCUUGUGUAUUUCAUAACCUAAAGCGGUUCGAUGCACACAUUCUGACGGAAAGUCUAGGCAAAUUUAAAGACCGCGAAAUCAAUUGCAUUCCUAACAAUACGGAACAGUAUAUUUCGUUUAGUCUGGGCGAUAUUAGAUUCAUAGAUUCGUUUCAAUUCAUGUCUCAGAGUCUGGAGACUCUGACUGAAAAUCUUGCCAAAGAGGGUUUGAUUAAAUUCAAUAACUUCUCUAAGGCAUUUUCCGAAUCAGAGGCCAAUUUGCUACUUAGAAAAGGUGUAUAUCCCUACGAGUACGUAGACAGUGCCGAUCGAUUCUCGGAACAAAAGCUCCCUGCAAAAGAGAAAUUAUAUAGUUCGUUGAGUCGAUCACACGUGUCAGAUGCCGAUUACGCGCAUGCACAGACCGUGUGGGAGAAACUGAACAUUCGAGACCUCGGUCAGUAUCACGACCUCUAUCUCAAGACGGACGUGCUACUAUUGGCCGAUGUCUUUGAGAACUUCAGAAACAUGUGUCUCGAUUAUUAUGGGUUAGAUGCAGCUCACUACUAUACCAGUCCAGGUCUGGCUUGGAGUGCAGCCUUGAAAAUGACGAGAGUGAGGUUAGAACUCAUCAGAGAUCAGGACAUGUAUCUGUUCUUUGAAAACAGAGUGAGAUGUGGUGUUAGUAUGAUAUCAAACAAAUACGCUCAAGCUAACAAUCCUUACAUUCCAGAAACGUAUGACUUAUCCCAACCACACUCGUACAUCAUGUAUACGGACUGUAACAAUUUGUACGGGAAGGCCAUGUCGGAACCAUUACCUGUGGGAGGGUUUCGUUGGGUUGACAAUACACAAACAUUUGACAUAACCAAAGUAUCCAAAGACGGAGACCUGGGUUACGUAAUGGAAGUAGAUCUGGAAUAUCCAGACGAACUCCACGACAAUCAUUCUGAUUACCCCCUCAAGCCGGAACGCAAAAGAACUUCAGACAAAGAAUUGUCACCCACCAGCAAACAGCUGUGGAAGAGUUUACAUCCUAGCCCCAAACACACCGAUGAUAAAUUACAUGGACGUGUGCCGACAGAAAAACUCAUUCCCACGUUAGAAAACAAGACCAAAUAUAUCUGCAAUUACUGA